CACAGCGCAUGUUAGAGGUGUCCAGUGAAAUCUUCUGGAGCGGGCCAGAGACUACUUCUAGUUCAAGCCUAGAUACUAAGAGCCAGUUGGUUUUGGAUUUAGAACGAAAACUCCAUCGCCAUUAAACGGAGGAGGAAGUUAAGCAGAAUUGGAAAUGGCGAGUAGUACUGUUGAUGCCGUUGGAGAGCCGAUCCCCACUUCAUCUGUACUUAUGUCGGCUUCUAAGCACAUAGCAACAAAAUGCAGAAUGGAGAACAUGGCUUUCAUCAAUUGCAAGAAGAAGGAUCCCAAUCCGGAGAAAUGCUUGGAUAAGGGCCAGGAGGUUACUCGUUGCGUCCUGAGCCUGUUGAAGGAUCUUCAUCUAAGGUGUACAAAAGAGAUGGAUGCUUAUGCUGGUUGCAUGUAUUACCAUACCAACGAGUUUGAAUUAUGCCGCAAGGAACAGGAAGAAUUUGAGAAAGCCUGCCCAUGGAACGAGUAGUGGUGUAUCCUCACAAUGUUUGAAUAAUUAGGGACAGCGUAUUAAAAACAAAGAUGUUUUUGUUCUUUAUCAGUUAAAAAGAAGCUACUAUUUUUGCCGACGAAAUGCUUUUCUUCAGAGUUCCGAUUCUUCUUGGGAAAUGGUUAUCGGCCAGUGGUAUGGAUUGUGCUUAUGCCGCAGCCACUGUUGUAAGAACUGAUAUUUUCCGUAUUUGUUUUGGAAGAUUCAUGUGCAUCAAGCCCAUGCCUGAAGACAUUGUGUUAAAAGAUGGGGCUGGGUUCUGUUCCUCUUGGAUUGUGCUGACAUGUUUAUUUUACUUUCAACAUAAUAAACAAAAUCACAAUUUGCUCUUUUCUGAAAA